AUGCAGUUCAAGAGCCUCUUCGCUGUUGUCGUUCUCGCUUGCAGCAUCGGUGUGCAUGGCGCGGCGCUUCCCUAUGCUCAAUUGGAAGAAGUAACGCCUCCCAGGCCUACGUUGACUGUGCCUGUUCCCAAGCCGCCCGUCCCGACGAUUCCUCUUCCUCCCAAGCCUACCUUGCCUCAUCCCGAGCCACCAAAGCCUGAACCCCCGAAACCUGAACCCCCGAAACCCACCUUGCCCCACCCGCCCAAGCCUACCUUGCCUCACCCUGAGCCUCCCAAGCCUGAGCCGCCCAAGCCCGAGCCGCCGAAGCCUACCAUUCCUCUCCCGCCUAAGCCUACCAUUCCUCUCCCGCCCAAGCCGACCAUUCCGCUCCCGCCCAAGCCUACCAUUCCUCUCCACGUUAUGGUAUUCUUACCUGCUCUGUUCUUGUCUAUCCUCUUUGGCUUCUAG